AUGGUGGAGCUUGAAGCACAUAAUUUCUUUUGGCAAAUCACAGGAGUUUCAAAACAACAUGAUAUGGAGCUGAAUCAAAUAGGAAGUGAAAUUGUGAGAAGAUGUGUUUUUUUGCCCCUUGCCAUUAAACUCAUCGCCAAAACCCUUCAAUUUCAUGAAGUUUUUGCAUGGAGAGAUACUUUUCAACGGUUGAAGAAGAAGAAUCUUGAUGAGAAUGUGCAAGAAGUUAUUAAGAUAAGCUAUAAUUAUAUAAAAACAGAGGAGGAAAAGGUGAUUUUUCUUCUAUGUGGCUUGUUUCCUGAUAACUUUAAUAUUCCAAUCCAGGAACUCACAAGAUAUGCAUGGGGCCUACGGGUAUUAAGUGAAGUAUCUACUUUGGGAGAGGCUAGAGACAAGACAAAAACAUGUGUGCAGAAUCUUAAAAAUGCAAAUUUAUUGAUGGAUAGAGAUUACAUUGGGUGUGUCAAAAUGCAUGAUCUUGUGCUUGCUUUUGUGUUAAGUAGAGUUUCGAAAGGUGACCAUGAACCAUGGUGA